AAAAUGAAAAAAUGUAACAAUGCGAAAAGUAAUAAUGCGAAAAAGCGAAAAUGCAACAAUGCGAAAUGUAACAAUGCGAAAAUGUAACAAUGCAAAAAGCGGAAAUACAACAAUGCGAAAAUGUAACAAAGUGAAAACACGAACUUUGUCGACUUUGUUCGACUCUUCGUGCUUUUACAUGUUCGCAUAUUUAGGGGAAGAAGCGAAAAUACGACAAGGCGUAAAUCAGCCACUAUAUUUUUGCGUAUCAAAUUGAUGUAAAUGAAUCUCAUUUAUAGCCUAAAAUAAUUAAAACUAGUCUACAAACAUACUUAUGCGCAUGCUCUGCUUCAAAAUACGACUUUACAUAGACGAAAAAUUAACAUCGAAGUGGACAUAAUAUCUUUUAUAUGUACGUUACAUUUAACGCUACUGUAUGGCUAGUGGUUCUCAGUUUAUUUUUCUUUAAAGAAUUGUCAAUCAAAAGUAAGUGUAUCCAUCUUGUAUACAAUAAAUAGUACCCAUAUAUUUACUUUAUGCAAGUAUUUGUUGUACUAAGUUGAAUUGUUGAACCAAUAUAUAUGCUUAUGAGUAAACAUUUACAUUAAUAUAACUUUUAUGCAUUGUGUACUUACUUUUGUAAUGCACAUCAGUCUGUAUACCUGAGUCACUUGUGCGCCAUUUUGAACAUUGUUAAUGCAUGUGUGGCGCCGUUAUAUGUCGCAACGCCACUAAAUGUCGCACUUGCCGCUAAAUGUUGCACCAUUGCCGCUAAAUGUCGCAACCGCCGCUAAAUGCCGCAAAAUCGUGUACCGUUAAAUGUCGCUACUGUAACGUUAAAUGUCGCACAAUUUUCCCUCACCGUUAAAUGUCGCAACACCACCGUUAAAUGUCGCAAUAUCUAAAUUAAUGUACAAAAACUGUUAUAAUGCCAAUAUAAAGGUUAUGUAAGUGACAUGAAAGGAUUUGCUGUGAUAUCUAAAAUAUUGGUUAAAAAUUAAAGUAAUCUUUGUUGGUAUUAUAAAUGAACGACCAUUAUUUAUGCUUUAGGGUCCCUUGGUGAUAAAACGCAUUUGUAUAUUUUUUUCAUUUAGUUACCCAGAUAUAAGUUCAAGCUACAAGAUUGUCCCAGGAAGAUUCAAUUAAAAUUUGAUUUAAGGUCAGUAUUUCGGCCUUUCAUGUUUUAUAGACCUUUAUUAUAGAUAUUAUACUAUCUAGGUAUCACAAUGGGAUUAGUUUUAUAAAUUUUAUCGCGGUAAACAAAUCUGAUUAGUUUGUUGUUCUUUUCUUUUUUCUUUAUUUUUAAUUGCCAGUAAAAAACAGAAUUAUUAUGGCCAGUUUAAUAUGCUUUUUCUUUUGCACUUCUCCACAUAAAUCAUCUAGAAAAGCGAAAGAGAAUGACAGACACUUUACUUUUAUUGGUUUAACCUGGCGGGCUGAUGAUACAAGAUGAUACUUACAUGUUAAAAAUAAUAUUUUUUGAUUCUAGUUACUUUUGUUUUUGUUUUUUUAAAUGGCAACAAGCGAUGUAAUAGGAAAUUGUUGCACGUUAAUAGACCAGUCAACACCACCAAAUUCAAUCGCAUUUUCAGUGUUUUUAGCACAGAUUCUAGAAGCAGCCCAGUGUAAAAAAACUUUGUUUUAAAAGGUUCUCAAGAAGUUAUAAAAUCUCCGUUGUAUCACAUUUCUGAUAGUUUGAUGCCGUUGGAAUAAUGCAAGACUUUGCCGACAUGUAGUCUCAAAGGAUUACUGUAUUUUUGGAAAAAAAGCUCAAGGUAUCGCGUGGUAUCGUGGUAAGUAAAGGUACAUCACUUAGGUAUCGCCAGUAGGUAAAAUGAUAGGUCAUUUUAUUUUAGACGCAGGUAAACUAGUAGCAAAUCUUAAUCACAUAUUUUAUAUUAAACAAUAUUUGGAAACAUUGAAGUUUAUAAAUCACAAACAUCUGUAAUGACUGAUAUUGAUAUCAUUUUGAGCCAUUUGGUUAUAAGGUAUGUAGUUGGAGUUCAAGCAUUGGCAAGAAUGUAGAUGCUCACGGAGUGUAAGAUCAUAUUCUAUUGCGUUAUUUAUUAUGAAUAGCGGCUAGCCGUGGCAUAAUGAAAAGAAUUGGAAGUGAUCUCAUGUUUUUUGGCUGUAACAAAGGCAAUUAAACCAAACACAAUUAUACACAAACGCGCACUCACACACUCACAAGCGUACAUGUAGCAUAGCCCGAAUUAUAAUUAUUAAUUUUUAUUUGGUCUUGGAUCUGACCGAACACAUUGAAUGUGCGUUAAAAGAUUAUUAAUGAGACUUCUGUUAGGAAGAAUCAAGUUGCGGUAUUGCCGAGUGAUUGCCAGACUAGUAAUCUAAAGAUUGAUGGCCCCGUGGCAGUGGCAAGUCGUUUUACCGAUAGCAAAUAAUUUUACAAGCAUUGCUUAGUACUGGUUCGUACCAUUAUUAUGCUUUGAGCUUCCAGAACUAAAAAAAAAUGUAUAACCUAAAAUUAAUCAAGUUGAUAUUCAGAUUGUAGAACGUUGUACUUACAGCAAUAUAUACAAAAUAAGCAGUGUGAUACAAAUAGAUUUUUGUCGGAUUUUUACGUCAGGGAAAUAUUGUGACUUUUCAAUCUUACUGGUGAAGUAAGACCUCAGGUGACAUUCCGUACAUUAUUUCAGACACGAACGGGAACCUGAUAAAACCAGUGACGUGCCGUAAACUAGCUGCCAUGGAGUAUCUUCCACAUAUAAAAUAAUACUAAGUCCCUGGCGGGAUUCGAACACACACGGUGAGGGGCAAGUAGACGGACACAAUAAAGUAGCAAUUGAAACAUCGGCAAGAAUUCCUGGUGAUAUGUCACAAUUUGGAAGUUCAACAAGUUUCGGAAGUAUUGUUAGUCAGAUAAGCCGUAUUUAUCGAAAAUCAAGGCGAAGGGAACAUGCUAUCACAUUCAUCUGCAUGUCAAGAAGAGUUGGUACCUCAAAUACAUUCAAGAUAGUGAUCGUGUGUUGCAAGUCAGAUCAAAGGGCUGCUAAUAUUGCAUAUUGGGAGGGUGAGGGUUUUGACAAUCAUGACAGUUUAAAGCGUCUUAAUAAUGAAUCAGAAAUAAGAGCAAAAGCUAAACAACGAUUCAAAAUUACAAGCAAAUCUGUUGACGUAGCUGAGGCACGAGAUGAUCUUUAUCUAGAUUUUCAGCCAAAAUUGGAAAGAUCUUGCAAGAAUUUAUCAGUAAAAAUUCCAACUUGUGAGACCAUAAGAACUGGUCAUUUUGAAUUAUUCAAAUUAACAAAGAAAGAAGAUAGCUCAGAAGAAGACGAUGGAAACGAAGAAUUGGAAAAGAUUGCCUCUUUUGAAUUUUCCCUGUUAGCUUUCAAUGCAAGCAUGAUAGACAAACUUGAUGGCAAAUCAUUCCUGACAUACAGACGUAUGAUUGAGCUUCAAAAAGCAAUAUUUGAUGUAUGGUGGAAAGUGCUUAUACUCAUAGAUGUUCCAUUUAAAACGAUUGAGAAAACAAUGUCUGAAUUCUCAGGCAGUCUGGAGGAGAAGAUAAAUGGGCUAUGGUUUGAUUGGAAAGAGAAGAAUAGAAGCGACAAGUCAAGGGGUAUACCUAUCCUUAUGUCUGCCCUGUGUCGAUGUGGUAAAAGACUAGUUGCAAAUGACAUACAAAGACAACUUCUUAUCUGGAAAACCAAUCCGGAAAAUCGAAGUGAUUCCUUCUAUGAAUGGCUUAUUAUCGCCUACAAAUAUGAUCUUCUUAUUCCAACACGUUAUGACAGUCCAAUGUCUGAUUCAUUCUUGGUAAUGCUUGCUGAUCGUGUCAGUCCAUCAUGUGAACUUGCUUCAGCACUGUCAGUACCGGCUGGUACAGCGUCAGACGUCCUUGCCAACAACAGGCUGUAUCCCAAUAAUGGAAUGAAGACAUUUAAAAUACUUGAUCAUUUUCGCAUGGGCAUGAACAAUAAAGCGGCUGCUUUAAAAAUGUUAGUUGAUACUCUGAGGGAAAUGAAACUGUCGAAAGACGCAGAAUAUGUAAUCAUGAUGACAGGAGCCUGGUUGCGAAGGUUACCUGGAGAGACUAGUGAGUUCUCAGAAGUGUACAAAUCAUUGACGAAAUAACAUAUGGACAUCUAACAAUAUGACAUAACCUGUAUCAGUAUUUUUUCUGAACGGACAUUUAGUUAGUUUUUUAGGUAUCGUGUCAAUCGAUUUUAAAAAUCUUUCUUGCGCAAAAACAGCGCUAAAGACAUAACAGCAUGAUUGUAUAACUGUAAAUGGGCUGAAACUAACUGUUAGCCGAAUAGUUCAAUCUAUCUGCCCUCAAGUUUAAGUCACAGGGGAUUCUGUUAUUUUUUUCCUUUCCCACUAUAUAUAUAUAAUAUAACAAGGGAUACAAGUCAAAAUUGCUCAAUUCAUGAAAAAGUAAAUACAACGCAGUAAACAACAGUUUUUUAUUUGUUUUGGUCGUCAGACCAAACAAAUAAUGGUAGCGAAAUUUCAGACACUAAUGCUGUUAAUUGCAAUUGCCGAAAGUAGUCCGCGUUUUUGAAGCGGUUACUUCCCUUUAUAUGUAACACAAAGGCCGAACAAUUCAGGGGAGAUCACUGCGUAAAUAUGGUCACAUGACAGGCGCAUUAAUUUUCAAGCAAAAUAAUUCCCGAAUGGUCGAAGAUUUCUAAUAUUGUUUUAUUCUUUAUAGAUGUACAUGCUUAUAGUAAGCGCCAUGACUAUUUACACAAGCGUUAAACAACAGAAACCCUAAUUUAGAAUUAUAUGGUUUUCUUCAGGCCGUUAACAUAUAAAUUCACCGUGGCUUGCCUAGGAAGCGAGAGGUCUGGAGUUCAAAUCCCAGUUACUCCUUUUUUUCAAAUUGUUUAAGUCAAACAUUGGAUUGAAUAUCAGUGUUGCAAUUAGUCUUGAUGUGUGAAUGCAUUUUACGAACCCGUGCUGGUAGUGCGAGGCCACGACUUGUAUCCCUUGUUUAUAUUAUAUGUAUAUAGAUUUAAUAAAAAUGACAGAUUUCCCUGUGGUUUAAGUGACCUUAUGCUCAUACUUUCAUAUUCAAGUUGAUCUGAACUGACUAUAUAUUUCAAAAUAUUGACUGUUCAAAUGGUGAUUGACCAACAGUUCAUAUUGGAAAAUGUUUUGGAUAAAAUUUAAAAUCUAUGGAAGGGUAUUAACGCAAAAAUUACAUCUUGCCUUCUUACGUUACAUUGUGCUUUCUGACUGGACUCUUACUAUUACAUUUUGCAUUAUGACAUGCACACAAUGCAUUCUGGCUUGCACAUCUUGCAUAAUGACUUGCACAUUUUGCUUUAAAUUGCAUGAAUCGUUUGUUAUUUGAUUAUCUUCAAAUUUGUCUACGUUAAAGUUAUAUGUUUGAUGCUAAAAUCAGUUCAGUAUAAUCAUAAUGAUCGUAAACUGUCUACAUUUAAUGUAUACAAAAAUAGGAAAUCUAUGUAAAUCGAUUAUACAUGUAUGAAUAAUACAUGGAAGCACGCACUGUGUGCAAUACAACAAGGCAGGUUGCAAACUACACGGAAACAUGUACGGAACCAUACGGAAAUAACCGAAAAUAUACGAGUAUCCGAAUAUCCAUCACAAUAGUUAUGUUCCUUAUUUGCAAUUUAGCCAUAAUCUUAUUUGUUACGGUUGAUGUCAUGUGGUUGAUUUUUUAUCAUCUGAUCAUUUGUCAAGUUUUUUUAUGACCCAAGCACUUUAAACAACUGUUCUAUUUUAUAAUUAUUUUGUUGAUAAAAAAAUAAUUCUAAAAUCGUUGAUUUGGAAAUGUGCAACUUGUCAUUGUCAGCUGGAAAUACAAUUUGACCCACAGAGUUUCAGUUAUAAAUACAAAAAUUGGUUAAAUCGUUUUGUAUAUUUGUUUACCUUAUUAACUCCAUUGUGGAAAUGGAAAUUUUAAAACAAAGGGACGUAACUUGGUAAACUGAAUCCGAACCGCAAUACGGACUUUACCGAAAAUAUAAUUAACUGUAGCGCCACCUGUUAGCAUAAUUUGGGUGUCACAUAUUAUUACACCACAGAUGUCGCGUCGUAUUAUGCUUGCUGCCUACGUUCUACCUUUCAAGCUGAGUAAAUAGAACCAAAUACAAACAGUUGCAGGUUAAGUUAUUGAAUUAAUAUACCAGAAUAAUUGAUCGUUAAAUAAUGAUAUCAACAUACAAUAAAAGAAAACGCACACAGCAGCAAGCAUAAUGUGCAUGUAAGAAAGCAACAUGUAAAAGUCAGAAAGCAAGAUGUACAAGUCAGAAUGCAAGAUGUACAAGUCAGAGUGCAAGAUGUACAAGUUAGAAAACACUAUGUAACGCAAGAAAGCAAGAUGUAAUUUUUGUUAAUACCCUUCCAUAGACCUUCAUACUUGUAAUUAUAUUCCUGCGCAAUUGAAUUCGAACCGUGCAUUAUUCUACAACAAUGCACUCAAAACUGAAAUGUAUCUCUAAUUAACGGACAUAUUCUCGUGACUGUCAAAUGACAUCGCACUAUCACGUGGAAAGCUUGUGAAAAUGGUCUCUUACACCAGGGUCUUUCAAAAAUAAUGGUCUGGAGUCGGACCACUUUUACGAAAAAAGUUGUCUCGGCUGAUUCAGGUGAUUAUGUUGAUCUGGCACAGUACAUCACACAGUUCAAAAAUCAAAUUAUAAGCUAAAUUAAUGUUGUGUUAAAUCAAUCACAAAACUUACUGAAAACUAAUCCUGGGUGCAUUACUCUAUCAUUUUUUUUAAUUUGAAUUUACAAUGAAAUAAGAAAUUAAAUUUUAUCGUUCCCGGUGUCAAGGUAAAAAUCUACUGUUCAUAUUUGAAAAUAGGUCCGAGUUUCAUAGGCUUGUUUUAAUUGUAUGCAUUGUUCAGUGGAAAAAUAGAAAUUGCUUUUACAGAGAAAAAAGUUAUUGAAUCGUAUUAUGUAAAGAUUUUAUAAUAUUUCACGAUGUUAUUUACAAAUAUUUUAUGUUUAAUUUGUUAUAUUUUCAAAAUGGCGCCGUUUUUUCGGCAAAUAUUCUGAACAAGCAAUCAAUAUUCUUCAACAGAUUAUGGCUUUAAAAACAUUAUUUUCUGAAAUAUUUAUAUAUUUUUCACAAGUUUAAAGAUUUUUAAAGAACAUCAUGUUGUUAGAACUUUCAUUUUUACUCUUGUAUUUAAUUUGCACCCUUUUCUUGAACACUUACAUAAUUUGCAUAUAGCAAACUAUACCGAGUUAUACUCAGACAUGUUGAAUUGUAGCGAGAAGGGUUUACAAAGCGUGUUUCCAGACCAUUCUAUUUGAAAGACACUGCUUACACAUAGAAUUACAAAUUCAGACGUCUACUUUUAUUCAAAAAUAGCGCUAAUGCAUCUAUUUUCGUGCAUAAACAUCUGCAGAAGCCAUCGGACUUAAAUUCCUCGCCCUGCGUACUUGGGCUCGUGCUUCUGCAGAUGUUAUUGCAAGAAAGAUCCGAAAGAUGCAUUAGUCAUCUAUUAUAUUUUACAUAUUUUUUGUUAUUGUUUAUAAGCAUGAAACCUUGUAGUGUCUACAUUAUAACUGAAAAAAAGAUGGAACUUGAAAAAUAAAAUAUGACAAUAUAUAUAUAUAUAUAUAUAUAUAUAUAUAUAUAUAUAUAUAUAUAUAUAUAUAUAUAUCACAUAAACCGCGGCGCAGGAGUGUAAUAAAGCCAUUUAAUAAAAACGAUAUUACACUAGACGACAUUACACUAGUGUAAUAACACUUUGACGUCACGUCAUUUGCACUAUAAACAUAGCGUUAAAGCGCGCUAAUGUUAGCGUUACACUAUAGGCGCGUCAAAGAAAAAUGACUCUUGUUAACAGUUUACCGUUCUUAUUUUAUAUAUGUGAUAAAUAGAAUAUUAUAUUCGUGUAGAUUCAAUACUAAAUUUAUUGAACUCGUUGAAUAAAAAAUAUUAUGCGAGCCUCUGGCGAGCAUAAUAUGAUUUUAUUCAACUCGUUCAAUAAAUUUAGUAUUAAACCUACACUCAUUCAAUAUCCUCGUGUGUGUGUGCGUGUGUGUGAUAAUACGAUAAAAUACGUUU